UUCUGUCUUGUCUUUCUUUCUCUCUCUGCCCUCAAAUAUCAGAAGCCCCGCGCUUCUCUCUCUCUCUCUCUCUCUAUAUAUAUAUAUAAAACACGCUUUCCUUGGUUUUCUGGCCUUGGGUUUUUGCGUUGGACUUUUACCUUCUUUCAAUUCUCUCCAAGACCCACCACGCAAAAACCCUAGUUUGGUCCCUCUCGCCGCGUACCCAUGUCGUGUUUUUUCGUUUACCAAACGAGCCCUCUUCGACAAUUCGCUUUCUUGGAAUAGUUGAGCCCCUGCCUGAUGACCACGAUGAUGAUAAUGGACUCAUGGGACCCUGAUGACUUUCUUAUUUGCUUUCAAAUUCAAUGCCUUUGGGUUUGAUUUUUCGUAUUCCCUGCCGACCCUUUUGUUCCCUUCCUUUCGCUUUCCAUCUUUCAAAGUCAACUUUUUUUUUGGUGGGUUUUGUAGUUUGUACUUGAAAGUUCAUUUUUUUAUUUAAAAAUCUGGGUCUUCGGUCUUGGCUGUGGAAUGGUGGGAAAUGGGUCGUUUUCUUUAGCUUUCUAGCAUAAUGGUUUACUUUUAUUUUAUUUGUUUUUGUUUUUGUUAGUUAUGCAUAUAGAUAUAUAAAUAUUUUUAAUGGAGAAAAAAUGAAAGAUGGUUGGUGAUGAGGAAAUUUGGGGUUUUGAACUAGUAAGGUCAGUUGUUUUUUAAUUUAAAUACUAAUUAAGAGCGUUUCUCUUUCUCUUUCUUUGAUUUUCUUAUUGGUGGGCUUUUUACAAAUAUUGAUUUUUAGGUUGUCAGGUCAAUAUUGGAGGGAAUUGGAAUAGGAAUUGGGUUGUUGAGGUUGGGUUUUGAUUGGAUAAUUUUUUUCUUUGGUUGGUGUUCUUUCAUCUGAGAAAAGCUUUGUUGCAUAAAGUUUAUUGUUGAUUGGAGGAGGGUUUGUAAAUUUUAGAGCAUUAUAGUUUUUCAUGAUGAUGAUGAAGAUUUAAUAGGUAUUUUGAUUUUUUAAGAUAACAAAUAGAUAAAUUUGUGUCUGGGUUUUGCUAUUUCUUUGUUUUUCUUUGGAAUUUGAGGCUUCUGAUUGGGUAGUUGAGGUUUUCAAUUUGGGUUCUUUAUGAUGGAUUUGAGAGCAAGUGAGGAUAUUGGAGGUAUUAAGACACUAAAGAAGAUGGAUAAUGAAGAGGCAGGCAUGAAUUCAAAAGUGAAGGGUACAGGAGGUGUUAGUAGCAAAGAAAUGAUAUUCAGAGCAGAUAAAAUUGAUUUGAAAAGCUUGGAUUUGCAGCUGGAGAGGCACCUGAGCAAGGUCUGGUCUUCGACAAACGCUAAUUCCCAAAGGCCCAAAGAAGAGUGGGAGAUUGAUUUAUCUAAAAUGGAUAUCAGAUAUGUUAUAGCUCAUGGGACCUAUGGUACUGUAUACAGGGGUACUUAUGAUAACCAAGAUGUUGCAGUGAAGCUGUUGGACUGGGGGGAGGAUGGUAUUAAUACAGGUGCUCAAAAUGCUGCUCUGCGGGCAUCGUUUAAGCAAGAGGUUGCUGUUUGGCACAAGCUUGACCAUCCUAAUGUUACAAAAUUUGUUGGAGCUUCAAUGGGAACUUCAAAUCUUAAGAUUCCUUCUAAAAACCCUUCAAUUGAUGGUCACAAUUCCCUUCCUUCUAGGGCAUGUUGUGUUGUUGUGGAGUAUCUCCCUGGUGGGACACUAAAACAGUUCUUGAUAAGAAAUAGGCGCAAGAAACUUGCUUUUAAGGUUGUGGUCCAACUUGCUUUGGAUCUCUCUAGAGGUCUUAGCUAUCUACAUUCAAAGAAGAUUGUACAUCGUGAUGUCAAAACAGAAAAUAUGUUAAUUGAUGCUAACAGAACUCUAAAAAUUGCUGAUUUUGGCGUUGCCCGGGUUGAAGCUCAGAAUCCAGGGGACAUGACUGGAGAAACUGGUACCCUUGGAUACAUGGCACCAGAGGUUCUUGAUGGUAAACCUUACAAUCGAAGAUGUGAUGUCUACAGCUUUGGCAUAUGCUUAUGGGAAAUCUAUUGCUGUGAUAUGCCUUACCCAGAUCUUAGCUUCGCUGAUGUGUCAUCUGCAGUAGUUCGACAGAACUUGCGACCAGAAAUCCCCAGAUGUUGUCCGAGUGGUUUAGCAAGUAUAAUGCGAAAAUGCUGGGAUGCAAAUGCAGAUAAACGUCCGGAAAUGGAUGAGGUGGUGAGAAUGUUAGAAGCAAUUGAUACAAGCAAAGGAGGAGGGAUGAUACCGGAUGACCAGGCUUCAGGCUGUUUUUGUUUUGCUACGGCUCGUGGUCCCUGAUCAUUUUAUCUUCCAUUUGCAAGCAUUGUUGAAUUGAUGGUGCGAGGAAAACAAUAAGAAAUUGAUGGAGCUGUUCAUUGGAUUUAUUGCUCUGGCAGUUUUGUCUUAGGUCUGCAAAAUUGUUUUUAGUGCAUCAAUAGAGAAAGGUUUAUUGAAAUUUAAAUUAAAUUAUUUUCCAACUUGAAUGUGUUUGUGCUAUGGGUUUUCUCUUGGUGAUUGAAGAGUCAUGCUAUAGCAUGUAAUGGUUGUCACUCAAUACUUAUAAGAGGGGAUGAUUCAUGGUCUGGAGGUCGAGGUAGAGAUUGGGGCACAUGUUGGAACUUGGAAGUAAUCAAGAGCUUAGGCAAUCCCUGCCUAGGAAAUUUAGGUUGUCUAUUGUAUAGACAGAAAGGAGCAAUAUUAUAUGUAAUAUAAUAAAAGUUGGGUUUUUAGUUUUUACA